AUGCUCUACCGAACUGUGCCUCGUGUGCUCCGAGUGGGCUCGGCCCUCCGUGCAUCUUCACACCCAGCUCCGUUGCGCCCAGCGGUGGCACCUUUUCACCGAAGCUACCCUGCGCAGCCGCGAACCUUUACCUCGUCCGCAGUCUGGUCAAAAGGUCUGCAGCCUGAUUCCGAGGACCCCAAGCCGUCCAACCCGCAGAAAGCUCCCGGUGCUGGAUUCAGUGCGCAUGUCUCGGAGCCAUCCCCUCUGACUCCGGAGCAAUACUACGAGUACUCGGAGCACUACUUCAAUGUACUCCUCGCAGAGCUCGAGAAGGCGCAGGAGGAGGGCUCCGACAUUGAAGCAGAGUACAGUGCCGGUGUCCUCAACAUUACUGUGCCUGCAAUCGGAACCUUUGUUCUGAACAAGCAGCCCCCCAACAAGCAGAUCUGGCUGAGCUCACCGAUCUCCGGUCCCAAGAGAUACGACUGGAUCCUCGAGGGGGAUGGCAUGCACGAGAAGCAAGACUCACGCCCGUUCGCCCAUGGGCAAUGGAUUUACCUGCGUGAUGGAUCAAAUCUGACGGAGCUUCUGAACUCUGAAUUGACCCUCAAGCUGCCCAGGGAUAUCUAUGGAGAGCAGGUGGAUUCAUAA